AUGUCUUCAUUUGGAACAUUAUUCAAGGUCACAACCUACGGAGAAUCGCACUGUAAAUCAGUGGGGUGUAUAGUUGAUGGGUGUCCACCCGGUUUGAAAUUGACUGAAGAUGACAUUCAACCUCAGUUAACCAGAAGAAGACCAGGACAAAGCAAAUUGUCCACUCCAAGAAACGAGGCCGAUGCCGUGGAGAUACAAAGUGGGACAGAAAAGGGUGUCACUUUAGGUAGCCCCAUUGGUAUGAUUGUCCGUAAUAAAGAUCAUCGUCCUGGUGACUACAGUGAAACCGAUUUAUACCCAAGACCAAGUCAUGCUGAUUACACAUAUAUACAGAAAUAUGGAUUGAAAUCUGGAUCAGGUGGAGGAAGAUCAUCAGCUAGGGAAACUAUCGGAAGAGUAGCAGCUGGUGCCAUUGCUGAAAAGAUUUUACACGAAGUAAACAAUGUUGAAAUUGUGGCAUUUGUUUCGUCAAUUGGUGAAGUUGGUAUGGAUAGAAAUGCUCAAGACCCAACUUUCCAAAAUAUCUUAAACACAAUCACCAGGGAACAGGUUGACAAUGUUGGACCAGUAAGGUGCCCUGACGACGGAGUACGAGACGAAAUGGUCAAAGUUAUCGAAAAGUACCGUGAUGCCAAAGAUUCCAUUGGUGGUGUUGUCACUUGUGUCAUUCGCAAUUGUCCAAUUGGAUUGGGUGAACCAUGCUUUGACAAAUUAGAAGCCAAAUUGGCCCACGCAAUGUUGAGUUUACCAGCUACAAAAGGGUUUGAAAUUGGAUCAGGGUUCUUGGGUACACAAAUCCCCGGAUCAAAGCAUAAUGAUCCAUUCAUUCACGAUGAAAAAAAUAAUCGGUUAAGAACUAAAACUAACAACUCUGGUGGUAUCCAAGGUGGUAUUUCCAAUGGUGAAAAUAUUUAUUUCUCAGUAGCUUUCAAAUCAGCAGCUACAAUCAGUCAAGAACAGGAAACAGCUACAUAUGAUGGUAAGUCCGGUGUUUUGGCUGCUAGAGGAAGACACGAUCCAAGUGUCACUCCAAGAGCAGUUCCUAUUGUUGAAGCUAUGACUGCUCUAGUAUUGUGUGACGAAUUCAUGAUCCAACAGGCAAGAAGCGCAACUGCUGGAUUGUUGACUAAGUAG